GGCUCGGUGGUAGGUCUAAACUAAAACCCACAAUUUUGAAGGAGGUUACCGCAGCCCUAACUCCCGUCGGAGACCAGAAACUCCGUCAAUCGAAACCAUGUUCGUUCGCCAUUGCCACCUCCAACUUCCGGCUUAAACUUCGUUCCUUCCAUUUCUUCCUCCUCUGCUGCUCCAUCGAUCAGACUACAAUCUCCACCACAAUUUAUGCUGCUUCGCUGAGUUCUUCCUCACAUUACUAUUCUUUAUUCACGGCCUUUUUCUACUUUGUGGGUGAAAAAGCGUGUAGAGUGUGCUUCGUCUGCUAUGAACGGGAGCAACGUCAACAAGGUUUUCUUCGCCGAGAACUACCACCCCAUUCAAGCCGGCAGCAUCGACGGCACCGAUAUUCUUCCCCACGACAACGCCGUCUACCGGGCGUUACUUUGUUCCUCCGCUGGCCUCUAUGAUCCACUCGGCGAUCCCAAGGUCUCCGGGGACCCCUAUUGCACCCUCUUCGUUGGUCGCCUUUCGCAUUUGACUGACGAAGACACUCUUCGCAGAGCUAUGAGCAAGUAUGGCCGGGUUAAGAAUCUACGCUUAGUCAGACACAUUGUAACUGGUUCUUCACGUGGUUAUGCUUUUGUUGAAUAUGAAACUGAAAAAGAGAUGCGACGUGCAUAUAAGGAUGCUCAUCAUUCGAUGAUAGAUGAUUGUGAAAUUAUAGUUGAUUACAACCGACAGCAGCUAAUGCCAGGAUGGGUUCCACGGAGAUUAGGAGGGGGUCUUGGUGGUAAGAAGGAAUCUGGACAACUUCGAUUUGGAGGAAGAGAAAGACCAUUCCGAGCUCCCUUACGUCCGAUCCCUUUCGAUGAUUUAAAAAGGCUUGGCAUUACUCCUCCACCUGAAGGACGAUACAUGUCCCGGUUUCAGGUACCUUCUCCUCCUAGAAGAGAAACAGAUUCUGUAUGUAGGGAAGAAGGGUCCAGUGAGAGAGAUUCUUUGGAGAAGGAUGGACACACUCGAAGAAGUAGUUCUAUAGAUGAAGAUGAUGAUUGGUCUCGUACGAGGGGUUCUAGUGACUAUAGAGGGCACUCUCAUAAAGGGAACUACGAGAAAACGAAACAUGAAUCGAGAAGGUUCUCAAAUGAAAAAGAUGAACAUUCCCCUCGUAUGAGCUAUUAUGAGAAUGAAGACCGUUAUCAGAGGAGAUCUUCUGAGAAGGAAGAUCGUUAUUGGAGGAGCUCUUUGGACAAGGAUCGAUCUCGCAGAAGGGAUUCUAAUGAUAGAGACGAUCACACUCGAAAGCGCUACAAAUCGCAUAGAUAGACACUCCAUUGACUACCAGCCUUCUAACUACUGGAUCUCUCUGUGAUUUGGUUUUGGACACUGUAUGUUAUGUUUCGUUUUGUAUCAACACCAGUUAGGAUCAUUUUUUGUUGUAUUAGCAUAAUACGAAUUUAAAACUAUAUUAGUCAUAUCAAUAAAUUCAUGAAUUUGUAAUUUUGUGUCUUAGGGAUCUUUCUGUCCAGGAUCCCAAGUUUAAAAGAUAAAGUUAUAAUAGACUCCUUUAAUUGUCC